GAGCUGAACUUUGAACAGUUGGUCAUCUUCUGUAAUUAACGAUCUAUGUUCACGGUGCUGCUACGGUAACGUUACCGAGUCGAAAUUUAGCAGCUAACUGAAAGAAACUGCUUUGUGUAUUUAUUUAUCUAAAGCUGUAUUUGAGGCUUUGUUGAAUUUUCGUUGUAUUUUGCAGUUUUUUGUUUUUUCUUGCUGCCGCGCUGCUUUGCACCAAUGUGUCCGGUGGUGUGCUAGCAGCAGACGAAGACGAGUGGAGCUUGAGAAAGUUCAGACAUCGUGGGAGGAUGCGGCUAAGAUACUGAAGACUUAGGUAAACGAUGUCAGCAGGCAAGAUGAACCAGGAAGAAGUUUUGGCAAAGCUGAAGAAGGAUGUUCGUUCCUUGCUCAUUUCAUCUAAGAUGGGCUUGGAGCCUGAGCAGCUCAUGCGAGACUAUGUUGCCAUGUUGGGGUAUCGCAUGCCCCUGAAACUCUUGGGCUUCAGAAACAUCAUGGAUAUGGUGAAGGAGAUGCCUGAUGUGGUGUCACUUAACUUCAGGCCAGAUGGCAGCUUAUUCUUAAAGGCUGUUGGCACAGAGUCCACACAAACGGUAGAGGAGCUGGUGGCUGAUCAGCGCACGUCUAAGACAGACAAGAAGGUCAGGAGGGGAGGUGUCAGCUACUUCUCACCCCGCUACAGUUACCGGUACCCCUCUGUGGUCCUUCCCAGAAGAGGUCGUGCUCCUCCAGCUCUCCCUGCCCAGCUGAGGACACAGCUCCGCACACUGCUCUCCAAGGGUCCACUCCGGUUAUCAGACUUGGAGACCUCAUUCCUGCGCUGCUUUGGCCGUCCGCUGCAUGUCCAAAACUACGGCUUCUACUCCACUGGAGAGAUGCUGGAGGCAGCAGCGGACCUGGUCCUGAUCCAGCAGGGCAGGCUUGGCUCAGUUUUGACUCUGAGGGAACAUAUGCUGCCCAGGCCGCUGUUAAGGCCUUUUAGUCCACCAAGGAGGACUGGACCAAUAAAGUCAGCGUUGCAUACCAAUGACAAGUCAGCUUCCAAAGGGCCAGGCAUCAGAGCUGAAACACCAACAAUAUCGCCAGUCCAAGGGAGUCCUUUGUCUGCCUUGGGCCCUGUCCCUAAAGAGUCAACGGAUGUCAGUAACAAGCCAAAGAUGGCUGAGAAGAACCAGGAAGUGGACCUAGAGCUCUGCCAGGAUGGUCACUUCUUUCAGAAACGUUUCCUCAAGCUGGAAGAGGAGCUUCGCCAGCAAAUCGUGGAGAAUGGAGUUGCUGGCACUAUAAGUCAGGAGCUGAAGGACAAGCUACGAAAGGUUGUAGGAAAGACCAGUGGGGGAUUAUCAGUUCAUGAUCUGCCUGCUGAGUACAAGAGGCUUUUCGGUGAGGACUUGCCGCUGCUACAGACUGGUUUUGUCAGCGUCACUGAACUGGUCAGUGCCAUGAGUGACACCUUCCACCUGGAACCUGCAGGGCGUGACAAUGGACUGCACUGGAUAGUCACGGAUGUACAGGACAGUGACAUUACACAAUCAGGCUCAAAGGAGCCUGAGAGUUUUGAUAACAGUGUGAAGCAGCCAUUUCAGAGCUACCACUUAAAUUAUGGAGAGUCUCCUUGGGAAGGUGAACUGGAAGGAGACGUUGGUGAUCUCGGAGAAUAUGACGAGAAAGAGAAAAAAGGAGAAAAAACUGAGCUCGAGGCCGGUGACAAUUCCAACACCAAAUUGAUGCCUUGCAGCCCUACGGUACCCCUAGAUGCCCUGCAAAGUCAACGUCUCCAAAAGCCAACGCGCCAUAGUGCUCGAGAGCUGGUAGAAGUCCUGGUGGAACAUGUGGAGUCGCCCGAAAAUUUCCACAUCCGCUUCAGCGAGUGUGAGGGGGCCCGAGCUCUGGAGGACAUGAUGAUAGAGAUGAGACGAUGUUACACCGUUCCUGAGGUGUCAGAGCGAUACCGCCUCCCUGAGCGGUUUGUCCGGCGGGGUCAGGUCUGUUGCGUGUCACCCAAAGGAAUGUGGUUCUAUCGAGUGGUGAUCCAUCAGAUCGUCAGCCCCACUCAGGUCGAGGUGUAUUACGUCGACUUUGGUGAUUUGACUGUUGUACUGAGUGCCAACCUCAAGUUCCUCAAGUUGUGUUAUUCGAUUCUUCCUGCACAAGCUGUUCCUUCAUCACUUGCUGGAAUUAAACCUACCUCUGGUAGCUGGACUCCUGAGGCGACGGCUUCUUUCCAGAAGCUGUGCUCUGAUCGCUCCCUGGUGGGCGCUUUGGAUUGUUACAUUGGAGAUGUGCUGCAGCUCUACCUGUGUGACACACACACUGAUAACGACAUCUACAUACACGCUGUCCUGCUGAGCCAGGGCCACGGGAUGGCCUGCAGCCCUGCAGCCAGUGCAGCACUUUGUGUCCAUGUCAGCCCAGUGAGUCUUUACCUUGGGGAGGGAAUAGUUGACCUGCCAGAGGUAGAAGAGGAGACCACUUCUUCUCCCAAGCCAGAAAACAUGCUUGAAGAAGCCAUGCCAGUUUCACCAAAGGUUGAAGAGGAAGAGCUUCCUGGCCUGGAGUGUAUUGAAGACAGUGUGGUUAGCCAUCACUACCAGAGUAAGAACACCAUGUCCAGUGCUCUGAUAAAUGAACAAACCCUCAGCUGUGGUGAAAUGGCCUGGGCCUUGACCAACAAGUCAUCUCUUACCAACUCCUCCAGUCCCACCUUAAGCCCUCUCAGCCCUCCAGAUUUGAUCUGGACCAAGACACCCCCUGCAAACUGUAAAGCUGAUCUUCAAAUGCUGCUGAGCACGGCUAAACCAGCUCCAUCCAGCAUUAUUUCCAGCUCCUGCCAUCCAACACCUGAAGAAGAGAAGCUCCUGCCCAAGGUUGCUGCCCCCUCGCUGGUCAGGGCUCCUCCAAUUCUGAAGACUCUGAGCCUCCUCACCCCUGACCUGGGCCAGGGUGUGCCGCUCUAUCUGCGAAACUCUGGCAUCCCGUUUCCUCUGUUUGGGACCAGGUAGGCCAGCUGGCUGACUGAGUCAAAACACCAACAUAGGAAUGUUUAUUCCUUAGUGCUGAAAACAUUUUUAUUCUGAGUUAAUUUCCAUGUCAUCUUAAUCUAUUGUAAAUUAGUUCAAUUGUAUGUUAGACUCUGUUUGUUAGAUUGAUAUCAGUGUAAUUGUAGAACUUUCCAGAGAAUCAGAAAAAAAAGGCUUUUCUUUUUUAAAUCGUUUUGUUCAUGUAAAGCAUUUUAUUUUUUAUUUAUUUACAUUUUCAAAGCCAUCAAGUCUGUGAUGUGUUAUAUGGUUUGUUUCCAUACUAUUGCUGUUCUUGACAAGGUUAAAACAUUUUCAAAUGCUCUUAUGAUGAACAUUACAGAAACGUGAGUCAUGACAAAUGUAAUUUUAUUUUGGAAAAUAAAUCUUAUUUGAUAGAAUA